GGCCCAGCUUGCAAAAGGUUGAGAACCCCUCUUUCAAUUCAAAUUUCACCGGGCCGAGCUCAACGAUAACGUCACCGUUACUUGAAAAACUCUAACUGGCGCCAUCUUGUGACAGAAAUACACCACUGUACCUGCGUAUCAAUGUCCUCUGAUCACUCAUGUGGAGAAGAUGAUCCUGCUCAUCAUCCUGACCUCCUGUGUCUCUGGAACAGUGAAUGUGACCCAGAGCUCCUAUCAGGCAGAGGAGGACCAAGACAUCACACUGGAGUGGACCUUCACAACCAACAAUCACAGUUCCUCCAACUCUCUGAAUAUCUUCUGUCAACUGAUAACUGACAGACUCUUAGUCCUGUUUCAUCUCCAUGAAGGAGUAGAGGUCCCAGAGUCUCAGGAUGAACAGUUUGCAGGACGAGUCCAGUGGGACAAAGACGUCCUCAGAGAAGGACGACUCAGACUUCAUGUGUCCAGACUCAGGACUGAGGACUCUGGACUGUAUGUCUGUAAAGUGUUGACACAUAAUGGGAGAAACUCUGGUAGAUGUUGGCUCAAUGUCACUGAGCCAGGCUCUGUUAAAACCUGGACGACCGAGACGCCGCUGCAUCCCAAAAUCCUCCAGACUCCAGGUCCAAACGAUGACACGGGUGUUGAAGGUGGGCGUCUGUACCUGAGCGUACCGAUCCUCGGUGUGUUUGGCUGCAUUGUCCUGAUUCUGAGUGUUGGACUCCGCGCAUAUUUACUCAAACUAAGGCAUCAACCCCAAACUGUAAGUCAGGAUGACUUAUUAAUUUAAGAGACAGCACCAGCACUACCUUCACUACUACGUCUGGGACAACGUUCAGUCAGGAGAUGACAGCCGCGGCAUUUCACCGGACCUUUAACCGACCCAAGGUGGAAGACAACCAGUUCUUCUCUGUAUCAGAUGGUUCUCCUCCACCAGCUGGGGGGGACUGGGAGGGAAAUACACCGUUCACACCCUGGCUUUUUGUGGUUCUGUUGUUGUAACGACGCUGUGUGACCAGAGGCCCGCGCUACGGAGCAAGAUUUGGCCUCAACGAGGAUACUUCAGGGUUUGGUGGAUCACGGCGGCAGAUCGCUUGUUGCCGGGUCAACGGUGCCUUCGCAUUGGCACAGUAACCACGGCUGCAAAGCGACAAAGAGCCAUUCAUUUCCU